UGGAAAUGGCGCCUGUGUGGAAGUGCUAGUCGGCAGUUGUAGAGUUUGUUAGUUAGUUUUACUGCUAGCCAGAAUUUUCAGGGUACUUUAUUUACAAACGCAAAAAGGUAUUUUUUAUGGACUUGCGCCGAUUAUGACAAAGGAAAGAUUGCACCAGGAGACACAUUUGAUAUAUUCGACGUUAAUAAAUCUGUCAUCGGCGCCCAGGUAAAUACGUGAAGAUGCGUGACCUGGCAGCUCAGGUGACCAGCGGUCUGCUGCGUUUUCCUUCAGUGACAGUGGAAGCUUUAGGAGAAGAUGACGUGAACCUGGAUUCAGUGCUUCAUGGGAAAUUCACCACAGGUCGCAGCGUGUUGGCGUGGCUGGCGUGCGGGCCGCACUUGGAGGUGGUGCACGCGGCGACGGGCGAGCGUUUCUCUGCAUAUCGCUUCAGUGGUGUGACUGAUCACCUGCAGCCGUGUGUAACGGCAGUGAGGGAGUUCAGCUGGUUGAAGCGCAGUGGGCUGCUCGUGGGUCUGCAGGAGGAUGAGGGGAGCAUGCUGUGUCUCUAUGACCUGGGCAUCUCACGCGUCAUUAAAGCUGUUGUCAUACCAAACAGGAUCACUGCCAUUGAGCCGCUAGUGAGCUAUGGAGGAGCGAGCACGAGUACACAGCACCUGCACCAGAGCCUGCGCUGGUUUUUCGGAGUGGUUGCUGUGGUAACGGAUGUGGGACACGUCCUAUUGUUGGAUCUAUGUUUAGAUGAUUUCUCCUGCACUCAGACUGAACUGGAGGCCUCAGAUCUGGAGGUGGUGAAUAAAUGUCCGUCUGAUAUUCCACGUCUGAGAGAGAGAGUCGCUCAGCAGGGACGCCACCUCUGUCUCCAGCUGUGUAGCCCCACAGGGACCAGGGUUUCAGCUCUGCACUUCAUCAGCCGCACCAAUCAGCUCGCUGUGGGAUUCACCGAUGGCCUCCUGCAGCUCUGGAACAUGAAGACGCUCAAGAAAGAGUAUCAUUCUCAGCUGGAGGGUGGCCGAGUCCCUGUGUAUGCCUUUAACUUCCAGGAGCCGGAGAACGACCCGAGAAACUGCUGCUAUCUGUGGGCUGUUCAAUCAGCGCAGGAUCUUGAGGGUGAUGUAGUCAGCCUCCAUCUACUGCAGCUGGCGUUCGGGGAGAGGAAGUGUUCAGCAUCAGGGAAAAUCAUCUAUGAGGGUUUGGAGUACUGUGAGGAGCGUUACAGUCAGGAUCUGAGUGGGGGGGUGUUUCCUCUCAGAGCUCAGGCCACACACACUCGCCUGCUCAGCUGCCAGGCCAUCGAGAAGUUCCGCCAUCAUCCUGACAGAGAGGACAGCGUAAAUGAAGUGGCGUCUCCUGAUACGAGUGUGUCCGUGUUCAGCUGGCAGGUGAAAUCGUAUGGACAGGGCCAACCUUCCACCUUCAUCGGAGUGUUUGAUAUUAACAGAUGGUAUCACGCACAAAUGCCUGAUUCACUGAGAGCGGGCGAGUCUCUCCAGAACUGUCCCUACCUGGCUGUGUGGUCUCUGGACUCAGUGGUGGAGGUGACUCAGUCCUGUCCCCUGCUGGAUGUGGUGGUUCAUGAGCGCAGUUUGAGCAGAGCAUUGCCCCACACCUGCCCCCCUCCUGAGCAGUUCUAUAACCCUAAUACAUACAACUUUGAUGCGAGCUGUCUGCUUAAUGCUGGAAUAGUCCACUUCACCUGCUCCGGCUAUCAGAAAGAGACUCUGAGUUAUCUCAAGAAAGCCGUGCCGAGUCUUAGUGACGGGAUUUCUAACGGAUACUCUCGAUGCCUCAUGUCCGGCCUGCUGUCCUCUCGGCUCGCAGACGUUCAGCCAUCCAGCCUGACUGAACAAGAACAACUGGAUGCCAUUUUAACCACAGCAGUGGAGACGAGCGCUCUGGGUCUGAUCACUGGCUGCAUUAAACAGUGGACGACUGAGGAGCAGGCUGGCUCAGCAGUGAACCUACGCUACAUCCUGGAGUGGGCCUGGGACAAAGUGGUCAAAACCAAAGAGGAGCUUGAUGGCAUAUGUGCUCCACUAUUCGACAGCUCAUCGAAUUUUACUGAUCCUCAAACGCUGCAGCUUCUCCAACACAGCCAGAGAUUAUUGGGUAACCUCAGCACUAUCUUCCACUGCCUGCUGAAUGAGGCUCAGGAGCUCACACAAAGAGGUGUAAUAGGCCUGGUGAAUAAGUGUAUGGUGUCCAGUCUGAUCUCUCAGUACGCUCAGGUGGUCCUGUGGUUCUGCCGCACUGGUCUACUCCCUGAGAGCACAGAUGACGACAUCCUGCAGAUAUCAAGGCCUUUUUACAGUUUCUCUGUGAUUAAGAAUUAUUACACGGGUCAGAGGGAGGAGCUGCACAGACUCGCCAAGGAUAAGUGGAACGCUGACUGUCUGAUGAUUGACGGCUUGGUGGCUCAGUGUGGUGAGCGUCUCUCAGAGCUGUGGAAGAGGGAUGAGGGCGGGACCGGGCAGUACCCACCUCCAUCACUCCAUGCCCUGCUGGAUUUGUACCUCCUGGAAAAUGUUGAAGAGUCUACAAAACAUGCAAUUGUGAUUUAUCUGCUCCUGGAUGUGAUGUACUCUUUUCCUAAUAAAAGUGGCGCAUCAGUGGAAUCUUUUCCCACGGCUUUCUCCAUCCCCAUCGGCUUAGUGAAGCUCGUACAGGGCCUGUGGUUACUCGAUCACCAUGACCAUGAGAACUCUCUGGACCUGCUACUCCACCCGUCUGUGUCUCCAUGUGUGUGGGAGUGGCAACACACUCGGGUUCUGCAAACGCUGAUGAUCCAGAACAAACACAGCACAGCGCUACACUACCUGCACAUGAUGAAGCCCUCAAUCACCUCAAUCCCCCUUACCAAGCUGUGUGUGUCUGUACUGCUGCACAACAGGUGUAUAGUGGAGGCAUGGGCGUUGUUGAGGCAGCAGGUUAAUAAACUCAGCAUGGAUGAGCUGCUCAGGUUUUUCUAUGAGACAUGUCAGGGCUUGGGUUUAAUGAAGGAGCUCCUCAAACUCCCCCUCCGACCCUCUGAACAGGAGUGUUUGGAACGCUUUCUACAGGAAACAGGAGGGUUCCAGAACAGAGAGCUCCUCAUGGUUCACUAUCUCCAGCAGGCCAACUACAUUCCUGCGCUGCAGAUCAACCAUACGCUAAAGAUGAACCUGGCUGGUGAUCGAGAUCCUAAGAUGAAGGAGAGAUCAAACACCAGGAACUCCAUCAUGAACCAGUACGGGAAGGUGUUACCACGCGCUCAAAGGAAGCUGGCCAGUGAACGCGCAAAACCGUAUCCGCACCCGUCCACCAUCUUCAGAGAGGUUACGAGGCCUCAGCCAUUAUCCACCGUGGCUAAACGCUCCACUAAUGAGAACAUCCUGAGCAGAGCAGCAUUUAUUAAAAACGUUCUCACGAAGAUUGAGGAGGUGUGGAUCGGGAAGGACGCUGUGCCUGAACCCUCUCCUCUCAAGAGCUCAAAAACCCCAGACGCUCUGAUGUCCAGUCCAAAUCCUCCGACCUUAUAUGUCCCUGAGGCUUUUGUUGGAACACCGAUUAAUAUGCUGACGAAGAGGAUGUCCAGACUGUUGGAUCUGGCAGUGCAGCCAUCGUCCCAGACGUCUCCAGAUUCAUCUCCCACUCGGAUGACUCCGCCCAAAUCCAUCAGUUCCUGGGCUGCACCUAAACACAUCAGCAGGGCUCCUGAGCUCAGUCUGUUACACACUCCUCAGGUGGUGAAGAGAGCUAGAGCUUUAGCUGCAUCCGGUCCAGUCUUCUCCUCCUUCACCCCUCAGUCCAUCUUAAGGAACAGUCUCCGCCCCACUCCUAUAGCCACGCCCACUGCAUCACCUGCCCGAUCAGCCACUCCCCCCUUACGCCUCAAAGAGAGUCGCAUCACAUUCGUGGAAGAAAGUGAGUCUCCAGAUCUGCCCAAGAGCUCCUCCCUGCACUGGAGCAACGGGCUCACUGCAGUUGGUGAAAUUGGCGAGCUGAAGCACCCACCCCUGCCACCAGAGGGUGGAGUUGAGGGAUGGAGUGAACAUUCCAGUGAAGAAGAGAAUGAUAAAGAACCUAGUGUAGCGCAAACUUCUUCGUUAAAACGGAAAGAGAACCUAGAGACGGAGGAAUCAAAGCAGGUCUUACCCACUCUAGAGCGCAGGCCCAGUCUGGGACAUGAGACAAGCACACUCUCCAUCCAAUCAGAUUCCACACUGGAAUUCCAUGAUGCUCCUUCUCCAGGAGGUGUGAUGAGACCAGCAUGGCAAUCUCGCAACAGGCUGGACGAAGAUGAAGAAGUCAUCAUCAAGCGUCCUGAGUCGGACACUACUGCCAAAUUUCUUUCUGCUGAAGAGCCAACUGCAGACCAGGAAAUGAAAAAUGACUAUUCAGAAUUUGAGGUACAGCCGGAUGCAAAUGAACAUGCCAAAGAAGACACUGAGAAACAGAAUGAGGAAUCGACAGUGGAAAGAGAAGUACAGAAUUUGCCAGUUGUUCCAGUCACUUCAGUGGAAGAGUCAAAUCAGGAUGAUUCAAUGAAUCACGAGGUAGUUUUGGCACCACAUGAACCAAUCAGAACCUCUGGAAUGUUUGAGGAGACAAUCGGAAGAGAGAUUGAGGACACUGAGCCAGCUCCACCACCGAUCACUGCGGAGGAGCCAAUCGGAGGGAGUCCGAAAGAAUCUGAGUCACGUGAAUCAGUUGGACACUCUGUGGUUAAUAAUGAGUCAAUCAAUGAUGAUCCUGUUUCUGAAGAGCUGAAAGAUAAACCUGAGGCCAUGGAGACAUCAGAUCUGGAUGAUUACGUGGAGCAUCAGUUAUUUGGAGAUCUCUCACCUCCACACUCCCACGCCGACAAAGAGGCUUUAGAAUCCAAUAGCGAGACGUGUGAAGAUGUUAAAGAUAUUGAAGCUGAGGAUGAUGCACAGAAAUCCAUUCCUUCGUCUGAAGCUACAACCUCCGAGUCACAAUCUGUAGUCAGCCUGCACGACACUGAGGAACUCUCCAGCACUGAGGAGGAGGAAGACUCGGGCAGUGAAGUGGAGAUUAUAGAGGAAAUAAAAGGAAACGGGACACAGCAGCACCUUUACAUGCAUGACCUCCAAACUGAAGAUCAGUUCCUCCAAGAGCAAGCGGCCGCUGUGCUGUCUCUCGUCACUGACCCCCAGCUGAAGGUGAUGGACGGCUGUGAGGAAGAGGGUCAGGUGGUGGUGGUUGGCCUGAGACCGGCAAGCCUGGAUGAUGUGUGCUACACUGAGCUGAAGCCCUCCACCACUCUUCUCGUUCCUUUCGAGCUGGCCACUGAGCAUCAGGAGCUUCUGCACGGCACCGAGCUGCCAGAGGUCGGACUUCCUGUCAGCUCCAGUAACUUCUCCCUCAUGUUGGAGGCAGAUGAUGAUGAACCAGCAGCUUUAGAAAUGGAUGCUGAAAACCAUCCAACUCUGCAAGGGAACAUAGACCAUGCUGGAGAUAUGGAGGAAGAACCAAAUGCUAACAGUGAUAAUGUAGAGCAUGUUGUUCUAGAACCUGAGGAAAUGUUAAAAACUGAGGAGUUGCCUUCAGAAACAGUUGUGCCAAAUGUUGUGGAACCUAAUAAACCAGUAGAUAAGGUUCAAAUGGAACAGGAAAUGACAGAAUCAGAACCAAAAGUGGAAGAUCAACCUGAUGAACCAGCUAAAAAAGUUCAACCACAGUUGAAGUUGGAAGCAGUGGCAGAACCUGAAACACUUGGAGAUGAUCAACUUGAUGAAGCUCAAGUAGAGCACACGGAAGAGAAAAGGGAGCUAAGGCCAGAUUCUGACCCUGCUGAUGAAGCUCAAACAGCAGAGGAGCCUGUGGAGAAACCACUGGAAUUUGUAGAGGAGUCUGUGAAGGAACUCGUGACUAAAGAUACUUUUGAUGUCAGCAGUCAAAUUCAAGACUUGGGCUUGGCUGAGGUGAAGGAGGAUGAUUUGGUCCAUAAUGAGAAAUUACCUGAUGGAGAGGGUGUUGUAGAAGGUAGUGAGAUGGUUCCUGUACCUGAAGACCAUGUUUCUGAUGCUAACAGAGCUGAGGAGAAAGACGCCAAGCUUAAGGAAGCUGUAGCAGCCACAGAAGUACAAAAAAGCCCAGCAAGAAGAAAGAAGACCGUUAUAGUUCCAGUAACCCUGAUGGAAUCUGAGCAAGAUGCUUCUGAAGAACACCAAGCUGAUUCGAAAGUGCCUUCCACACCAAGACGUGUCACAAGGAGCAGCAAACAGCUGCUGGAGUCUGAAGUUCUCAUCACACCAAGGAGAAGCACAAGAAAAACAGGUUCUGAAGUCAAAGAGGAGGCUGUGCCGUCAGCAAAAGCAGCUCCUCCACGCAAGACUCCACAGAAAGCUACACCCAGGAGGGGAUCUCGCAAAACACGGAGCUCAAGUGGAAAUGAUGACAUUGAAGUCCAGAAAAUGGAGGAAACCUCAAUUGUUGAACAACAGAGUGCAAGGAAGACUAGAAAAGUGGCAACGAUCGAGGUCCCAGAGCUGAUCCCUGAGGAGAAAAUUGUGGAAAACCAACCUGGCACUAAUGCUAGCCCUGGCAGGGUGACUCGCCAGUCGAGCAAGAGGCUGAGCUUAACACUGGACAACUUCCAGAUGGUUUCAGAUGCCCAGAACACGCCUUUAUUCACGCCACCAAGGAGCCGACGGAAAGCCAGAGGUACUACAGAGGAAAAAACAAAGAACGAGACUUGUAUAGUGGACAGCACUCAGCUUAAAAACAUUUCCAGACGACUGACGAGGAGCCAGCACUGGAACGAUGGAGAGGAACUUGAGAAACUGGAAUCGACCAAUCUCUUGGAGAGUGCUUUGAUGGAGAGACUGAAGGAUGAACAAGCUAAAGAGACUGACGUGGUUACGCAGAUAGUGCGUGCCAAGCGGCGGACCAGAUCUGUAGCUCCAUCUGUGGACCAUGAAGAGCAGAACACUGAAGCUCCGGAGUCAGUAGAUUCUACUGAACAGCAAGAGCAGAAGAAGAAAUCUGCACCACCUGUUAGGAGAACGAGAGCCAGCAAAGUGCCAGAACCCGACACCUCGCCUGUUAGUGACCGCACAUCUGGUGCUCAGAAAAUGAGAGGAAAGAAAAAAGACAUCGCUGUAAACUAUACUGUUUUGUCUCCUCCUGUGACUCGAAUGAGACGAGCGACUGCCGUCCCUGACAACAAUCUCCAGGAAAAUAUUUUAACAGUUGAUGCUGCAGUGGAAGCUGAAGUGGAGGUUAAAACGAGGAAGAAGAGAACAAUGAGGGCGAGAGCGGAGCCUGAACCCAUGACGGUGGACCUCCUGUCUCCCCUGGCGAGUCCGGCCGAACCGGUUCGUCGGAAGAAACCGGAGGCUCGAGAGGCCAUCGCUCCCAAGAUGAACCUGCGGCGGAGACGCAUGAUGGAGUCCAUUUUUCCCAAACCAGUCACACGCAGGAAGAAACUUUAACACUGAUCACACCAACUUCAUCUUCGUUUUAUUUUCCUCUCGAGCUUCCUUUGUGGACGUGCGUGUACAGUAAACACACCUCUGUUUCCCUCGCUUCCUAAUUUUUACCAGGACUUUUUGCUGCCUGCUGUUUUCUAAUUAAGGAAAUAAUUUUUGAAGUGAAUAAAUAGAGCUCUAAUUUGGGAGAUUCCAUUUUAUAUUAAAUAAUUAAAUGAAUGAGUAACGUUUACAGUACAGAGCACUGAGGGAAGCCAAACGAUGCAAAAGUCUUAAGUUUUAAAAACGUGCAUUUCUACAAAUGUAAAUAGUAUUUUAGGGAAGUUCUAAAUAAAAUUUGGUACCUGUGAAA